AAGGCAUUUCGAGAGCUUUGUCUUGCAAGCCAGACAGCAGCGUUUUCAGCCACCUCAUAACACCUGCACACAUCUGCACAUCCAACGCCAAGAAACAUUCUUAAUCGCCUCCUCCAGAAAUUUGUUGGCCCCUCACAGGUUCCUGUGUGAUCCCACAGAUCCCCCAGUUUUGUUUUAGAAAUCCUCCUGAGGCUGGCCUACGGCCUGAUUGCCGUCUCUUCCCACAGUGUGAUGCACCUCCUGGGCUGUGUGUGCUGUGCUAGGCAGGGUGCUUGCUCACACUCAGUACUGUGGUGCAAAGCACCAGCAGGACGUUUGGCAGACCAGGAGGCCAACUGAUGGAGAAAGGAGUUCCCAGAGGUGACUGGUGACAAGCUUGCCCUGUGUCUACGAAGCGCUGACUACAUUUGAAUACACAUCUCAUUUCUCUCGAGUUGUGGUCUUAGGGGGUGUGGGUUUUACAUGCUGCACCUUUCCUGAAGCACUGUGGGUGAGACACCAUUGUGGACCCUGGAAAGAAGCACCUCGCUUGUGCCACAAUACCUUCAUUAAUCGGAAACUGGGCAUUGUUUGAGGAAGACCUGCUACUGUCCCUGAGAAGAAGGCUGAGGAUCCAGCCACACCAAGCAGUCUAGGGCAGAUUGAUGCUGGAAAUUUCCCCUGCGGAGAGGAUUAGCAGCUGACCACUUUGCCAGAAGCUGAGGCCUGAGCUUCCAGAGCCUGGAUGCCCAGAGGAAGCUGAGGAAGAGGUUACUGCAGGUAGAGGGUAGAGCCAAGGAGGACUGGGCUUGAGCCCAGGAGCAGCAGAGACAAGAAGGGAGAACCUGAGGUACGGAGGGGAAGCUCACAGCGGGAACGAGAGGCAGCAGGCCGGCCGCCCUUCCCAUGGCCUCUAAGCAGGCUGCCGUGAAGGGCAGGGUGGGGAAGCGGAAGCGGGUGGUGCUGACGCUGAAGGAGAAGAUUGACAUCUGCACACGCCUGGAGCGGGGCGAGAGCAGAAAGGCACUGAUGCAGGAGUACAACGUGGGCAUGUCCACCCUGUACGACAUCAAGGCCCACAAGGCCCAGCUGCUCCGGUUCUUCGCCAAUUCUGACUCCAACCAGGCACUGGAGCAGCGGCGCACGUUGCACACACCCAAGCUGGAGCACCUGGACCGGGUGUUGUAUGAGUGGUUCCUGGUGAAGCGUGCUGAAGGUGUCCCUGUGUCAGGCCCCAUGCUCAUCGAGAAGGCCAAGGACUUCUACGAGCAGAUGCGGCUGACCGAGCCCUGUGUGUUCUCUGGAGGGUGGCUUUGGCGUUUUAAGGCCAGGCAUGGCAUUAAAAAGCUAGAUGCAUCCAGUGAGAAGCAGGUAGCUGACCACCAGGCAGCGGAGCAGUUCUGUGGCUUCUUUAGGAGCUUGACCACUGAGCACGGGCUAUCUCCUGAGCAGGUGUACAGUGCCGAUGAGACCGGUCUUUUCUGGAGGUGCUUGCCAAGUCCCAACCCAGAUGGUGGGACUAUGCCCAGCCUCAAGCAGGGCAAGGACAGACUGACUGUCCUGAUGUGUGCCAAUGCCACAGGUUCCCAUAGAAUCAAGCCCUUGGCCAUCGGGAAAUGCCGUGGCCCCAGGGCUUUCACAGGCAUCCAGCACCUGCCCGUCGCCUACAAGGCCCAGGGUAACGCCUGGGUGGACAAGGAGAUCUUCUCAGAUUGGUUCCACCGCAUCUUUGUCCCCUCGGUCAGAGAACACUUUAGAACCAUAGGUCUGCCGGCAGACAGCAAGGCCAUCCUGUUGCUGGACGACUCCAGGGCUCACCCACAGGAGGCUGCGUUGGCAUCUGAUAACAUCUUCACCAUCUUCUUGCCUGCCAGUGUGACGUCGUUGAUCCAGCCCAUGGAGCAGGGCAUCCGAAGAGACUUCAUGAGGCACUUCAUCAACCCCCCUGGGAGCCUGCAGGGCUUCCACCCGCGGUACAGCAUGAACGAUGCCAUACUCAGCGUGGCCUGUGCCUGGAACGCUGUGCCCAGCCAUGUCUUCAGGAGGGCCUGGAGGAAGCUGUGGCCUGCUGUCAUGUUUGCAGAAGGCUCUUCCGAGGGCGAGGAGGACGAAGAGGCGGAGCCUUGCAGUACCAAGCCUCAUAACAAGACUUUGGCCCACAUCCUGGAGCUCGUGAGGGAGGGCCCCUUCUGCUCAGGCCACAGGCCUCUGCCCAGUGCAGGGAGGGAGGUGGAGGAGGCACCCGCUGCUAUGCUGCCGGCUGAGGCUGACGGGAAUGCAGACCAGGUGGAGAGAGACGCUGGGGAGGACUCUGCGGCCGAGGUGGCCUGGGAGCAGGCGGCCGCAGCCUUUGAGGCACUUGUGCACUUCGCGGAGCAGCAGCCCUGCUUCAGCACGCAGGAGGUGGGGCAGCUGCACGCGCUGCACUCUGCCUUCAGGAGGCGGCUGCAGCUGAGGCAGCAGCCCGUCGCCCUGAGGGCCAUGGUGAAGCUUGAGGCCCUCCAGGAUCACCCGGGCAGGUGCAGGGCCACAGCCCACUCCCCCCUGCCCUGCUCAUCCACAGCCAGUGAUAACUGAUGGCUGUCAUCACACUCAUUUGACCCCUAGGACAUGGGGUCAGUCCUGGGACACAGACUGCCCGCUGGGCGGGAGAGCAUGCUCAGAGAGAGCUUAAGCGCUCCCCCCGGGGGGGGGGGGGGUGCCCCCAGCACAUUGUCUCCAGUACUCAGAAGGACCCAGGCCUGUGUGUUUUGGCUGAUUGAAGUUUACCUGUGUUGUUUGCUGCGUCCUGUGAAUGGGAGGAGACCCUCUGGAAGAGUCCAUGCUACCUUAAGCACACCCAAGCCUCCUCUGUUGAAACUGGGGCCAGGCUGGGUGAAUUCCGAAUCUUCUGUUGCCUGGCAAACCUUGCUGUGUUGGACAGAGGUGUGUCUGUCUGGCAGAGAAGAGCACUGUGCUAGCCCACAGGGGCAGCGCCUCCUGCCCCAGGGAGGCUGGGUAGGCUGGGCUGGCAGUAGUUCACGUGCUGGGUGGACCCCAAGUCGAGUGUGAGGGCAGGGGCUCAGUUCCUGACCUCAAGUGCCCUCGGGCCACACGUCUCCCCAUUGGCACAUGCCUGCUUCAGCCACUGUCAUGCUCAGCAGAAGAGCCUGCCCUUCAGGCCCAGGCAGGCCCUCUUGUCACCCCAGGGACCCUGGACUGUUGUUUUUAGCAUUUGGCUCAGAGACCACUACAAAGUCGGUAUUCCAUGCUCCCAGACUUUCAGUUAGAGCCCUAACUGGACAAGCCGCCAUCAGGAGUUCAGAGACUAGUCUCAGGUUUGCACACGGCCACUGAGGACAGUGACACAGGCCCCAGCAGCGUGGAAGCUUUUGUCCUUACUGUUUCCAGGGCAGCAUUGCUCGUGGGGAAGGCCUGUCUGUACCAGUGGGUGUGGGGAGGCCAACCCUAGGACGCGGUCAUUUCCUCGGCCUUAGUAGCCCUCUGUGGCUUUACCUCUAGCAGCACCAUGCUUCCUGGCUGUGACUCCAGAGGCCCUGUCCACCGCGUUAGCUGCGUUGUGGCCGUGAAAUGGGUGUUUUUCCCCACUCCUUUGCCCUUGAGCUCCAUUCCUUCUUGGAUUCGCAUCCUGGCAGCUGAAUUGGCACGUGGUUUCAUUCCCACGCUCAUCAGGUACUCUUACUCCAUCAAGAGACGCUGCUGGGAUCCUGAGAGCCAAGGGGCUUACAGGGAGGUUUGUGGUUCUAGUCUGUCCAGACGCUGAGGCCGUAGUGAUGUUGAUAUAGCGCUGUGUUGUAGAAUGUGUGUUUCUUUGAAGCAUGUGGGAAGAUCAUAAAAACCAGGUAGUUUUUGAA